UGUGUUUUAUGGGAUGGCUCCAGCAGAUGUGUGUGUCAGGCCUUCACCCGUCCUCCCUCCGCUGUGCUGCACCUCUCACUCACUCAGAGUCUAAACCUUUCACCCAUUCUCAUCCAUUUAUUUUCUCUGUUGCUCUCUUCAGAGGAGAAGUCCUUCGUGGCGCUGGACCACAGUGGGAUUCUGGCCACGGAGUUCGUCAGCCUUUUGGAGGAGACGGAGUUCACCAUCCUCAUCGACGGCUACCCGGCCCCCAAAGUGUCUUGGCUGAAAGACGGCAGAGACAUGUCGCAGAGCUACUACGUCCUUGCCAAGACGAGCCACCUGGAGGGGAAUCGGUAUCAAAGCGUUCUGACAUUACGACAGCCUCUGGGAAAAGACGACGGGAACUACACCAUCACAGCCCUCAGCGGGUCUCGCUCCGCUCAGUUCUCCUUCAGCCUCAGAGUGAAAGCCCCCACCGCUCUGAUGUUCCCUCCGUCCUCCGCCCCCGUGCUGCUGCCUCAGGCGGAGGAGCUGGUGGUGCCCCUCCACACCCCCUUCACCUUGACCUGUCGGGGAGAGGCCAAACUCGCCUGGAGGACGCCGAUCGACGUGCUCGAGCAAGCGCGGGAGGACAACAGCGGCCUGUUCGUCACCACCGUCACAGUGGACAAAGCCACGGCGAUGCACACUGGCUACUACACCUGCUUCUACAGCCGCAACACCACAGAGGACACGGAGGACAGCAGCAUCUACAUCUAUGUGCCAGAUCCAGAUGUUCCCUUUGUGCCGUCGCUGGUGCCCUUUGGCAACCACGUCCUGUCCGACCACGAGGACAUGGAGAUCCAGUGCCGCGUGUCCAAUCCCAGUGCUAACGUGACUCUGGUCAACGUGGACACCCAGCAGCCCGUUAGCAGCGUUUACGACAGCAAGAGGGGCGCUUUGGGAGUGUUCACCGCUGGAACCUACGUCUGCAAGGCUCUCAUAAACGGGGAGGAACACUACAGCGGGGAAUACAUCGUCCACGGCUGGGCAGGUGGCGCCGCUCUGCACGUUGAGCUGACGGCCAAGCGGACCGCUCUACUGGUGGGAGACGCCAUCACCAUCACCUGUCUGGCUCGGGGAUCUGAGAUCCUGGAGGACCACUGGAAAUACCCCGGAAAACUGGCUAAUCGUGGAAUCAAAACAGUGCAGGAGAACAAGAGGGACCAGGAGAUCCGUUACACCCUGACGAUCCCGCAGGCCUCAGCCAAAGACAGCGGCAUCUACUCGUGCUCCAUCACCGAUAUCAUCAGCAACGAGAGCCAGACGAAGGAGCUGGCUAUUAGAGUUUUUGCGAGUGAGUUCAUGUCCGUCUGGCCGGAGUUCAGAGAAUAUGAAUCGGCGGAGCUGGACGAGGUCCGGGAGUUCAGGGCCGAAAUCAGCUCCUUCCCCAGCGCUCACGUCACCUGGCUCAAAGACGGCAUCCCGCUCAGCGACGUGACGGCGGAGAUCUCCACCAGCCUCCAGCAGCUCAGCGAGACCAGCUACACGGGUGUUCUCACCCUGAUCCGGGCCAAGGAGGAGGACAGCGGGAACUACACCAUGCGGGUGGAGAACGGAGACCAAAGACGAGACGUCCGAUUGAUCCUGGAGGUGAAAGGUCAGAAUGCCUCUUUAUGUCCUCAGUUACAGUCUUUUCCUCACAUGUUAGUCUGAAGUUUCCUCCUCUGAACUUAUGCAUUGUAUUCUAUCUAAGUAUUUUAUUUCCGUCUUAUUUUCACUGCUGCAGUUCUUUUAAAAAUGUUUUAAAAUGUGCCUGCUGUAAAUAUGGGUACUGAUGUUUAAGUUUUUAGACAAACUGGUGAUUUUUUUGUGGGUCGGUUUUCUGGCGGUACUCGACAAAGAUAAGACCUGCAGUGAGGUUAGGAGGCGAGGGAAGACAUUCUGAUUGGCUGACUGAGGAGGAGUGACGUAGAGACGGUGUCUCUGGUAGAGAC